UUUCACGGCCCUCGCGGCACUGGGCAAGGUCAGAGCCGACGCCCCUGUCCCGUAUAUAAGGUGCAGCAGGCGCACAGCCGACACACACUCACUGGUCUACUCUCCCAGCAGACGGAGCAACAACCAACCGCAGAGAUGAACGCCAAGCUUGCGCUGCUGAUGCUGGCUGCCCUGGUGGCGUGCGUCUCUGCCUCCCACCCUGGAUACGGAUACGGUGGAUACGGUGGAUACCACCGUGGAUACGGACACGGUCUGAGCCACGGAUACUCCGGAUACCGUUAUCGCCGUUCUCUGGGCUACGGACACGCUGGAUACGGCUACGCUGCCCCUAGCUACGGAUACGCUCCCCGCUCUUACGGAUACAGCAGCUACGGACACGGCCUGAGCCAUGGCUACGCCGGUCACCGUCACCGCCGUUCUCUGGGCUACGCCAGCUACGGUCACGGAUACGCUGCCCCUAGCUACGGAUACGGAUACGCUCCCCGCAGCUACGGAUACUCCAGCCAUAGCUACGGCUACGCUCCCGUCAGCUAUGGCUACGGCCAUUAGAUCGUGUUCUUUCUGUUUAUGAAUCGUUGUUCGUUUUAAUCCAUCGCAAACUAAGCGUAAUGCAGUAUUCAGCGAAAAAGACAAGAGACAUGCUUUCAUGUGACAUCUCUUACAUUGUGAAAUACAUAUAAAACUACAGAAUAAAAGUAUUUUUAUUUUUA